CCUAACUUGAUACUACAGGCGGCAUGCUGUCGAGGGGACCGUCGGCUCUGCUAGCUGUUCUGCUGACGUUGGCGACGGCGCCGGCUCUGAUCGAGGCCGAUUCUGGAGAGCUCGAGCUCUACGGGGACAUAGUGACUCCGGGGGAGUUCGAGUCGCUGAGCCUGACCCGCGAGCGCCAGCAACAUCUCUGUCAGCGCGAGGUGCCGGCCGUGUUUUUCCAAACCGAGAAGGAUACCGUGCCACGCGGCAAUGGCUCCACCAUCUUCUAUCAUCGCGUCGAGGUCUGCUGCCUGGGCUACCGACGUGACCGCUACUCCAGCGAAUGUGUGCCCGACUGCUCGGAGUCCUCGCCGGACAACUGCCGCAACGGCUUCUGCCAAGCCCCUGGCCGCUGCGAGUGCUUCGGGGAGUUUGUCCGCAACGAGCACGGUGCCUGCAUCCACACCUGCCCGAUCGCUUGCCAGCAUGGCAGGUGCUACCUGAACGGGACCUGUGCGUGCUUCCCAGGCUACGCCCUCGACCAGGAGACGCGCCAGUUCUGCCGUCCGCAGUGCUCCCAGGCCUGUGGCACCCACGAGGAGUGCUCUGCGCCAGGCCAGUGCGACUGCUCACCGGGCUACCGCCGCACUCCUGACCUCGGAUGCCAGCCCGUCUGCGCUCCUGACUGCGGAUAUGGAAAGUGCUCGGCCCCCAAUCAGUGCGAGUGCUUUGCCGGAUUCAUAAAGCGACCGCAGCGGAAUGUCUGCGAGGCGGAGUGCUACAUCAACUGCGAGAAUGGCUUCUGUGAGUCGAGGUACAGGUGCCAGUGCCGGGAGGGCUAUCGUUACGACCAGAACACCACCAGCUGUCUGCCGGAGUGCACCGAUAACUGCGGACAGGGGAAUGGAGUGUGCAUCGCCCCCGGAGUCUGCCGCUGCUUUGAAGGAUACGAAGCUCACCUCACGGGCUGCCAGCCCAAGUGCGAGAAAUCCUGUGGCAAGUAUGGUCGUUGCCUGGCCCCGAAUAUCUGCGGCUGCGGGCAGUCCCAGCAGCACUGCCUGAAUGGAAUCUGCGACGAGAUGGGGCACUGCGCAUGCCCUCCGGGGGAAUCCCACUUCGUCGACCGCUGCCUAAAGCCUCAGGAACUUACCCAUCAAGUCUCCACCAGGGAGCAGAGGAGGCACUUGAAUCACCAGCUAGGUUACGAGUUCAAUGCCCUCAUUGGGCGUCUCUUUAAUUUCACCUGA